UUUUUGAGGGCCUGACUCGGAGGCAGGCGCACUCAAGCCCCCGACACUUCCAAAGCAGAAACACCAAUCACGAGACACACCGCCCCCCGAACAAGCUAUCAACGGAAUCUCUGUUCCUCGACUGCUGUUGCCGGCAAUGGCCGACUCCGACUCCGACGACCGCCUGCCUCCGGGAUGGACUGUGGAAGUGAAAGUGAGGAAGAAUGGUAAGAGAGACAAGGUUUGGUUGCCUCAAAGUGGACAACAUUUGAGGAAUUGAGAUGUUUUUUUUUUUUUUCUUUCUCGUAUUUGUUGAAGGGAAUGUUAUGGAUGCGAGCUAGGUUUCGCUAGUUUUCAGAAAUUUUCGAGACAGAGUCUUGGCUUUUGAGAUAAGUUGCUGCAGUUCGUGUGGUAAUAGGGAAACAAAAUUUCUAUGUUGUUUACAUUUUGGUUGAAUCUGCUAUUUGCAUGUUCUCUCAUGACAUUUUGUACCUUGUUUCUUAUAACUAUAUCGUCCCAAUUGAAGUUUCUAAAUCAAUAUGGACUGUGGCUGUUCUUUCUCUGUGAUUACAGAGUCAGGGGAAAGCACUAAAGGAAAAGUGUUAUAGGUCCUCUCUUCCCUGACUAUUUGGGUUAAGAACCUAUAAAAGGGUUUUGGAUGUUUAUGGACCUGUUUUGAGGGUAUAUCCUAUUUUCACACCAGUCAAACUAGCUCAUAGAAGAAUGAAGCUAGACCAUCGAGGUGCUUCUUCUGGAAGCAGUAUUCCUAAAAAUACAUGCAAGUUUUUGUGCGUCUGUAUAAUAUUUGAAUCUAGAGAAUUUUACCGCUCGAAGCAGUUUUUCAAAUUUGAUUUUCCUAUGUACGAAGCUUGAAAUUUUCAUUAAAACUAUUUAUUCUGAUUCCUGGUCGCUUAUUUUACAGAGGGAACUGCAGCGUAAGUGAGAGUGUCAUCUAUUUUGUUGGUCGAUGAGAGAAUCAUCUUUACCUUGAUGCCAGUUUCAUGAUGUUAUAUUCCAUCCAUCCAAACUAGCUGUGGGAGAAAUCUAAUUAGCACUCUCAAUGUGCUUUAUUUCUUAUAUCUACUAGCGUGGAAUGGUUAUUAAUUUUUCAGUUAUCUACUUACGUGAAACCUACGCUGGUGCUAAGUUCAAUUAUCUAUUUGUGGAAUGGUUAUUAAUCUUUCAAUCUGCAAUUUCCUUUUUCAAAAAUCCAUAUCAUAUUUGCUCCGAUUUUAAAAUAUUUCCCAGUCAGUGAUGGCAAAACAAGUAUAAAGUAAACAAGCUUUUAUCUCUUUUGUCUCUAGUCGUUGCUUUGCUGUAUUUUAAUAAUUAACUGAGCCAGAAGGACAUUUACGCGCUGAAACUCCAAAGGACUAUUUUCAAAGAUGUCAACCUAAAUCUUAUGAAAUUCAUACUUAUUGCAGUUUUACUUUUCUCCUUCAAGUGGACUUAAAUUCAAGUCCAUGGUAGAGGUUUCUCGUUAUCUUGACAAAGCUCAGAACAAUCAAGUCAGCGUCACAAACAUUUCGAAAAAUCAAUCUAGGUUGUAAUUGAGAAAGGUGUUGCAGAGGGGUUACCAGAAGGAUGGAUCAAAAAGACCAGAGUCACAAAAAAGAGUUCUACAAUAAGAAGAGAUUCGUAUUACAUUGAUCCUGUUAGUGGGUAUGUAUUCCGAUCUAUAAAAGAUGCUGUUCGCUAUCUUGAAUCUGGGGAGAUAGGAAGGAAUGCAUUCAAACCAAAAGAUAAAGGAAGUGGAGAUAUAGUAUUGAAAGAUGACAUUUUCUCUUCAGCAGGCGUAGCCAAGAAGCCAAAAUAACAGUUGGCAGAGUGACUCGACACUCUGUCUUGGGUGAGGGUGCAAAUUUGGACGGGAUAGUUAAUGACCAUCAGACUCAAAAAACUGCAUCUACAGGAAAAUCUAUGCCUCUUUCCGAACACAAUUCUUGUCAUUGUGCGAUGGGCAUUGAAUUGACCAGCUCAGUUCCAUUGCAAGCUGAAUGUUCAGAUGAAAAAGAAGGGAAGGUUAGUUCAGCUGAAAGUAAUUUAAUUCCCAGUUGUGCAGAUGGAGUUGUCCCAGAAAAGCUACUUCCAGAAAGUUUACAGGCAAAACACGCAACUGAAACAGUUCAAAAAGGCCAGGGCAAAUCCAAGCGCAAGAAGGAGAUUAACUUGCCUCGCCGUGCCUCAAAACGUCUUGCUGGAAUUCAGGUUGAUCCUGUUCCAGAACUUAUAACAAGGCGCCGAAGUGCAGCUAAAAAUUCUAGUGAAGUAGCCUUGACAAAUGAGGAUAAAUCUUCAGGGAGUUUUCCUAAUGAGGAAACAAAACAGCUUACUGCGCAUGAGAGUGGAUCAGAAAUCAAGCAUAAACCUCGAAGUUUGAUGAACACAAAGGAGCCACCAAAGUUGAAUCAGGGCAAUCGUUCUUAUGGGAAUUUAUGUGCUCGAGAAAAGCUUCCUGAGAAGACUCUAGAAGAGCCAAAAAGUGAAAAAGAUCAAGAAUGCUGUUCUUUUUUGCCUCUGGGAAACACAGCUAUUGUCAAAGAGCAAGUGAAAGACCUGGAGGGUGGUGCAAAGUUUGACUACUCUCUUGACUUGCCCCUUGGAGAGCUAUUAUCAGACCCAUGCAUUGCAUUUGCAAUACAAACUCUUACUGAAGGAACAUUUGAAACCUCCAAAGACAGUCAGAUUUCAUCUGAAUUAAGGAAUAGCAAGUAUUCUGAAACUUCAGCUGCUGCUAAAGGGGAUGACAGGAAAAUCAUAGGGCAGAAUGUGAGUGACUGGAAGCAAGCAUGCAAUGUGUCUUCACCACCAAAAGACCUUGCGGCAGAACAUACUGGCAGUACUUCUGAAUCACCGUUUGGUAUUUCAUGGAUGGAUCCUUGCAUAGAAUUUGCAGUAAAAACUCUCACUGGCAAUAUCCCAGUGGGAUAUGACCCAAAUAGUGAGAGUUGCCUUCAGCAGCAGUUCGGAACUUCAAAUAACCAGGAACUCAAUGAGAUAGCCUUGUCAGGUGGUGGCCUAAAUAAUCUAUGCCAGACCGACUAUUAUUGCAGCCAAUAUCUUGGACCACAGAAUCCUUUAUUUAAACAACAGUCAUUUCUGGAUCCAGCUUUACCCAACACUAGAGGCGUUGGCAUGGGGGAUUCUGCUGGAGCCAGACUGCGCCAAUAUGGCGGCCAAGACAGAAGGAAUGGGUGCCAGAGAUAAACAAUCAGCUAGUAACUGUACUAACUUAAGACUGUACAGUUAGGAAAUAUUUUGUAAAAAGAUAACCAACUAAACCUUUAACAUCCUUUUGGUUGUUUUCUGAGCGUGGAAACCCUGGUUCUGGUGUUGUGUACAUUAUAGGAGUUGUUCUGAACUAGUUUCUUGUUAGCUUGACAGUAAAGUAGGUGUUUAACCUUUUCAUUCACUUUUACCAUUAUUAUUUGCAUUCUGGCAUGGUCCUCCCCUUCAA